GUUUUCACUUCCGGUUCAUGAAAAGGGCAACAACCAUAAUCCGAACAUUGUUACAAGCUACCCAAGAACUUUUACCACAAAAGUCAAACCAGUUUUCCAAAAGUAACAAACACACUAGUACCUUAACGAUAACUAAGAUUAUUACCAAGUAAUUAGAUACAGGUUUCAGGUGGAUUCAUUUGUACAGAUCCUGCAGUCAUGUCUGAAGAAGUGAUCAUCGUGGAGUGGGCAGAGACUGGUGCAUCAGAAGAGGGAUGUCAAGCCCAACUCAUUACAGACGACGCCUCUGCAGUGUUGCCCGACAGCCUGGUCCAGAAUAUAUUGGUGAACACUGUGGUACAAGGCCAAGAGGAGGAUCAUGAACUACUAGAUGACAACAGGAAUGACCUCUAUUGUGAGGAGUGUCAUUCCUCCUACAAAGACCAGUGUGAUAUCCAAGGUAGUCUGUCCUUCAUGCUGGACUCUCCCACUCCAGUGGGCUUACCCCAGAGGGCCCUCCUCACCCUACCCCACGGGCUGGUGGUGGGCAGGUCCAGUAUCCCUGGGGCAGGCCUGGGGGUUCUAAACCAAGGAGCAAUUGUGGCCCCAGGAAUGCACUUUGGCCCCUGUGAGGGGGAUGUGACUACCAGGGACAGAGCAGUAACAAGUGACUACUCCUGGGAGGUUUGGAACAGUAAGGGUGAAUCUGAGUACAUUGAUUCUGCAAGAGACACUCAUUCCAACUGGAUGAGGUAUGUUAACUGUGCUCGUAAUGUAGAGGAGGGUAAUCUCAUAGCACUCCAGUACAGGGGGAUUGUUUUCUUCCACUGCUGCCACUCCAUCCUCCCAGGAGAUGAGCUCCUGUUUUGGCCUGGGGGGCGAUUCAUCGACAGGUUUAGGGACCCCUCUGACCAAAUCUGGCUGCGAAAGAUCACCCCUUCAGAGGUUAAUACAGAUUUAUCGUCUCAGGUUUUCCCCUGCUGUCAGUGCCAGCUUUCUUUCACCACUGAGACCUACAUCCAAAGACAUAAAGAGCAAUUACACCCUCUGGACCUAUCACCUGCAUCUGCACUGAGUGAGCUUGAAAAUCACCUUUCUAAAAGUAACAUGAACCCAGACCCUAUGUCGUCCUCUGUCCGUAAGUUGAGCUACCGGUGCCCUCAGCGUCCUAAGAGCUUUAAGAAGAAGGGCCACGUCCAGAGAACCAUGCGAGCUGUCCACUCCAACGUCAGACCCUACUGCUGCCCCCUGUGCAGGAAGUGUUUCGCUCAGGGGUACGACCUGGCAAGUCACCAGCUACGAGUUCACGGAAUGAAGAAAAGGACUGGAGUGGUAGAGGUCAGAGGUAAGGAGGUCAGUUGUGAGAGUUCGCUCCCGCCUCCUGACAGCGCCUGGGAACCCGAGCCUCCGUCCAAUGAUCAACCUACAGAGACCCAGACAGGGAGAGCUUCCUCACAGAGACUGAGGAACCUCAGGGUAAAGUCCACCAGGAACUCUAAAGCCAAAACUAAGGCAAACACACCAAAACAAGGAGAAACCAGUACCAAGAAGAGGAGCCAUUCAGAUCCCAAUCCAGAUGCUCUGGACAUGGAGGAGGAGAGGAUAGAGGCUGUAGGAGAGGCACAGUACAGCUGCAGUGAUUGUCAGAGAACCUUCGGCAACCCAGAGUCCCUUAAAGCCCAUCAGUGCAUCCGGGUCGUGGUGGGGCCCCCGCUGUACUCUUGUUCUACAUGCAGGGUUACCUUCAAACGGUACACCACCCUGAAGAAGCACAAGGUCAACAAGCACCCGAAGGAAAAUAUGCUUUAUUGCUGCACCCACUGUGGGAGGUUCUUCAGUCAGGCUGCCAGUCUACAGCACCACCUGGAUGCAGAAGUAUGUAAGGACAUACAGCUGAGCUCUAAAGCUGUUCCUUGCUCCUACUGCCAGUUCUCCUUCACCGAGGAGAGGUACCUCCGGAAGCACGUUAAGAGACACCACCCUGAUGAGCAUGUCUCUCAGGUCACAGGCCUGGGCUCAGAGCUAAUUCAGUCGGAGCAGAAGGCAGGAGAAGUCCACCUGUGCUUGCAGUGUGGACAGAGCUACGAGCACGUUCAAAGCUUCAAAGCUCACCGGUGUUUCCAGUCAGACGCAGCCAAACUGCACUUGUGCAAUGACUGUGGGAAAAGUUUCUCUUGUUUCUACAGCCUUAAGCAGCAUCAGCGGAUUCACACGGGAGAGAAGCCAUACCGCUGCUCUUACUGUGAGAAGUGUUUUAGCCACUCUGGACAUCUGAAUGUGCACGUGAGGAUACACACAGGGGAGAAAUCUUUCCUGUGUACUGAGUGUGGAGAGAGUUUCCGUCAGUCUGGGGAUCUGAAGCGCCAUGAGAGAAAACACACUGGGGUGAAACCAUGUACCUGCCCUGAAUGUGGGAAAAGCUUCAGUCGACCUCAGAGUCUGAAAGCUCACCUGAUGCUGCACAACGGAGAGAGACAGUACAAGUGUGAUCAGUGUGGGAAAAGCUUUUCACGAAAUUAUCACCUGACGAGACACCAUGAAAAGACACACUCAUAAUUUGGUUGUAUCACACAUACACUAUUGACUAUUGUUUCUUUGAAAGCACUUGGUUAAGUUGAUACAUACCCAUUGCAGCAUUCACGGCUGAGAAUACCAGUACAUUCGACAAGAAUUCAUGUAAAAUAAUGUGAUUUUUGUUCAUACUUUGGUUUUCUAAGAAAAUAAUGGGUUAAAGGCACUACAAGUCCUUACACAAUGGCAACCCAAGUUAUGGGUAUUGAUCAUGUGCCGGCCUUAAUAAGCUAUGUUUAGACUGUUCUGGUCCAUUUUUGAUGUGUUCUAGUGUACUAUAAAAUAGAUGGCUCUCCUAUUCUUAAUACCUAGCCCAGUCAUAUUCAAGGUUAGAACUACCUUUCUAGGGGUUCUGAUAAUUCUAGCCUUGGGAUGCAUUUUUGAUAGCAUAUCUACAGUAUUUCACUUUUUAAUGUGUAUAGUAUUGUUUACUAGGGAUGUCCAAUGAAUUCUGUAACCACUCCCUCUUCAAAUCAGGGUUGAUUGGGAAAAGCUGUUCAAAAGAGGACAUUGUAUUGUCAUAUCUUUGUACUCCUUGACGAAGGCCACGCAGCCAAAAGGCGUCAGUUUUGAAACUGUUUCCAUUGAACAUGUCAUACAAAAAGGCUUUUUAAUGAAUUAUAUGAGGAGUGCCUUGGUCUUCCUUUCUUUUUGAUGACCAAUGUGUUUAUUAUUCAUAGUAUGCCAUUUCCAAUUUAGAGUAGAAUAUAUCUCAAUUUGUAAGUCGCUCUGGAUAAGAGCGUCUGCUAAAUGACUUAAAUGUAAAUGUCUAUUGUCCCUGGAGUAUAAUUCAGCUUGUGAUCUGAAGAUGAGGGAAAUGUCAAAUGGAAGAAGUUAUUAAAAAAUAACUGACUUCAGUAUCACAGUUCACCAUUUAUUGCACAAAACAAUGCAAAGCAUGUGCCCUGUCCAAGCCUAAAAUCUGAUGAAAACACUCAUGAGAUACAGUAUGUGUUCAUUUGAUAACAUUAUCUAACACUGUCUUCAUAAAACCCCCCAGGUCUAGCCUCUCUGAAAUUCAUUCCUCCUUUCCAUUCCUCCUUUAAAUAAAUAAAGGUAAAAUUAAAAAAUAAUCAACACUUGUUUCUUUGCAUUGCUUUUUUCCAAUACCUCACAUAUGUUUACGGGGAGGAAUGUUUCAUCACCUUCAAAGUCCAUGGUUGUGUUCACGAUGGACAAGUUCGGUUAUGCCUAGUCCCUCUGUUUCAGUCCAUCAGUCACCAAUUCUUGUGUCUGCCAUUCAGUCGGUGUUGAUCACAUCUUUGAUAACAUUCACAAUAAAAUUUUAAAAACGCCAAGAUUCCAAUCAUGUCACGUCCCUUUGUGGUACAGCACAUAUGGAAGAUUCUCUCCUUUUUAUAAGGAGUUAUGGAAGUUGAGUUAGUUAAAUAAGGUGUUAUUACUGAAGGUUUAGUAUACUCUUACUGAAUCCCAUCAGUAGCCAUUACUGGGUAGCGGAGAUGACUAACAAUACACAUACUGUAUGGCUGUGGCAGCAGUUGACUGCUUGAAGUGUCAAACUCCUGCAAAAGUUGGAUUCCUGAUGUAAUUGUAGAAGAUGGCCCACCUCUUGCCCCUUUCACUCCAGUGAAGCACCAAACGUUCAAUCAAGCUACACUACCGUUCAAAACAUUUGGGGUCACUUAGAAAUGUCCUUGUUUUUGAAAGAAAAGCUAAAUGUUUUGACCAUUAAAAUAACAUCAAAUUGAUCAGAAAUACAGUGUAGACAUUGUUAAUGUUGUAGCUGGAAACGGCAGA